AAAUUUAGAUUGAAUAUCUUUGUCAAGUUCAAUGCGCUGCACAACAUAUUUUGCAAUUUAUUUCAAUAAAAUAUCUAAUAAAACAAUUAAACUUAAUAUCUGAGCCAUGAUUAAACCAUACACGAAGUGUUACUCUCAAUAAUUGUGUCCAAACUGAAAUCGGUGUGGCAAUUUGAAAAUGAAAAAGUUUGUUGUGAACGAAAGUGUUGUUUUUGUUGUGAUGUGUUGAAAUUUCAUUUAAAAAAAUUUAUUAAAAAACAUCGUCCAAAAAUGUGCAAAAAUUGAAAACAAAAUUCAAAUUCGCGAACAUCAACACUAAAAUGUUCACCAAGAAAACAUCAGAUGUGAAAAAGUCAACUUCAAAGAUCCAAGAUAGCAAAAAAGAUUCAGCCACACGACUUAAACAUUUGAAAACAAUACUAGAACAUGUAGACAUAGAAGAAGCAAAAUCAUUGUUCGAAACAAACUACAGUCAUGUGUAUUACAUUCUCUAUGAUACGUUCAUACAAGCUGAAACCAAUUUACGGCAAAGAGAGCUAUCGUUUCAUAUUGUUCAUAAAGCGCACCGAGAGGAGCUAGACGGAUCGUUAUGGUUACUUGGGAAAAUUUUAUGCCUUCUACCCGAACUGAUUGCCAGACGAUGGCAGUGUCAUUCGCUGGGACGUAUGAUGGCGAAAUUGUUGCAUCACGGAAACAGCAGCAAACUUCGUCGAGAAGGAGUGAGGUAUUUCCUUCUGUGGUAUCAAGCAUUGGGUGAAAAUGCUCCAGCGCAUGUACACGCCAUGUUCACCGAACUGGUUCCUGGUUUAACAAUACCGCAGAAAAGUGUGCUGGGCCUCUCCGAAACCGAUUACAACACAUCCGACCUGAUGAAUCAUCCGAACAUGAAAGGCGAAAUGGGAGGUUCAGUAUUCCACGAUACGGGCGUUCAUUUGGUGCGUGCUCCAGAAAUAUCACCACUUCUUCCGCCGUCUUCGAAUGAACGAACCGCAGCUCCCGAUCCGAAAGAUGGGCUAGAUGUUCUAUUGGAAUGUAUGGUGCAAGCGACUGGAUGUUUGAAAUGGCGUGACAAUAGUCCACAAAAGCACAUGAAAUGCUUUGCGUUCACUUUACAGCAAUUCCGGGACGUUUAUUUGCCGGUGUUUUGUCCAAAUUUCGAUACAUUCACAUCGGUAUACGAGCCAAGACUAGACCUUCCAGUAAUGAGAACGAUCAGCAAACGUGAAGAUUUGAUGAGCUCGUGUGUUGUCGUACUAAUAAACUGGGUGUCAAGGUUUACUCGUGACAAAAUUGUCAGCGGCCGGUUCGAUAAUCUUCAAAUCGAUGAUGAUAUAGGUGAACAUGCCAGUCUGUUAUCGAAUUUACGUUGCAUGGGCUAUUCUCAACCGCACCUUGUACGGGAUGUACUAUUUUCCACUCGAGAUAAUGUUAAUUUUGUCAACGAGUGCUAUCGUCAAGCCUUUUUGCUUGGCUUCGCAACGAAAUCACAAAUCGGUGCCACUCGCAAUGCUAUCGCAGUCUACAAAGACUGGAUGAGUAAUACCCCGCCGCCUUUUUUUCUGGAACCAGAAGAUGGUAAUGGAAGUGAUUCAUCGGCACAACGUGCACAACGAUUACGUACUGAUUCGUAUUUAGGAGCAAUUGCUAAGGAAAAUUUUAUGAUCAGAGCUGGCCUUCAAAAUGUGUUGCAGACGUUUGUGACCCAUGCAGCGAACGUUUUUAUGGUGCAGACCUCACAUUUGACUGUCGUUUUUCAGUCGAAAUCACGGGAUACAACACCUUUGGAUGAACAAACGGAUAUUUGUAAGAGUGUUCUAAACAUCUAUCGCACAAUGGUUAUGAAUACACGCAUGGAUGCUAAAACCUGGCAACAGUUACUGUUAGUAUUGCUAAACAUUACUGCUGUAAUUUUGAGUCAAGUGCCGCCGAAUUCCAAGCGUAACAAUUUGGGUGGUCGUUUAGCUCAGCCAGUUUUUCAAACGUUGAUAGUUACUUGGAUAAGGGCACAUACCAACGUGUCUGUGAACAUAACCCUUUGGGAGAAAUUCUUAAAUGUUCUGUCCUCACUGACACACCGUGAAGAACUAAUUAUCGAAUGGGACAAAACGAUGCAAACAUUAACCCGAGUCAUGGCUCGACAAGUCUAUAAUUUAAAUUUGCAAGAUCUUCCGCUAGAUCGAUUGGCCGAGAAUAAGGGGAAAAGAAAAAGAGGAGGGACAACCGUGUGGCAACAAACUUCACCGCGUAUCCAACGAGAAACAUCUGAUGUCAUGAAACCCACGAAAUCGAAUGAAGAAUCUCGCCCGAUCCGUGAUAUUCAACCCGGUACUCCAUCAUUAAACAGAAGUUAUAGUGAGGGUAGUCUUGCACCGUUCCGGAAAUCAAGGCCACGGAAGCGUUUGAAAAGUAUAUCAAAGGUGCCAACAUUACCGACUAAUGUCGAAUUCUCGUUAAAUCGGAUGAUGUCUACGACUCCAGUGCAUAUAAGCAUUAGCAGCGAAACUCUCAAUACGACCGGUAAUACGAUUUCGGGGAAUUCAUUUCGGCGUGCUAUGUCUUUGGAUUCAGUACGACAAAAUCAGCUCAAUGAUGGCGCAGAAGAUGUGGAAAGCGGACGAGGAUCACGAACACCAUCUCCAACUGCAUCUAGUGGUAUAGAAGGCGGCAGCAUUAAAGAUUCACCAAUGCAAAUCGAUGUAAUGACAGGCGACUCGAGUAGCAUUGACACUCAGGAUGAAGGAAGCAUAACAUCAGCAGAUCGACGUUCAAUCAUAAUGGGAGGAACAGCUAGGGGCUGGUUACCAGAUGUAGCUGCUAUUAUGUGGAAACGAAUGUUAGGAGCGUUGGGAGAUGUUAAUAAGAUCCUGAAUCCGAAGCUCCAUGCGUUAGUCUUUAAACAUUUGGUUGAAAUAACUGAAAGUUUGCUCAAGAUACGUCUGAAUCAGGGUAUAUCCAGCGACAACCAAACCACGCCAGCAGCACCAACGAUUGUUCCCCCCAUCGGAAUAUUGGCGCCUUGGUGCUAUGGAGCCUUGGCCUUAGAACCACAAUACCGAGAAGGCAAGUUGUGGGCACUGCAAUUACUAUGUACGAUCGCAAAGAAUGGUCCACCACUGGGUGGCGAUCAACUUCCGUUGUUUUAUCAUGCCUUGCAUCAAGCUUUAACUGGAGUCGACAGGGGCAUGUCGUAUACGGCGCUCAAGUAUUUGGGUGGAUCACGGUUUCUGAGUCUUUUGCUACCUGGUCACUCUUUGCUGUUAUUGGACUUAGUUCAUGCAUCAACGGUCAUAUUAACAUCAUUUGAAACAAAUCACACGCCUCGUGCCGAAGUAGCUGGCCUUUUGGGUUCAUUGCUUUGUUUUCCAAAAUCGUCUCUGCCAAAACCAGUACUACAACCAUCUGAACCAACAGUAGAACUUAUGGAAUGUCCAGAUAUUCAAGAACAUAUUCUAAACGUGGUAUUGCGAUGUGCUCGACGCGAAACAACAUCAAAAGCCAGAUGCAUCGCUAUCGCAUCGCUAGGACAAUGGAUUUUACAAAAUCUCACAAAUCCUAACUUUCCUCCGAAAACAAGUCCACCAACAGUAACGAACAGAACAAAGAACCAGCCGACACCGCAAUCCGCCACAAUGGUUAUCAAUCCUCGAUUGAAGGAGGCAAUUCAAGUGAUUCUGCAGGCGUUGCAGUUCAAGCAUCGAACAAUAGCACGCGUUGCAGCUGAAACGCUAAAACUUUGUGCAGAAAAGGGCAAGCAAAUAUCGCGCAUCGAACGUUUACCGUACUUAAUUAUCAAUUCAAUUUGCAUUGCGUUGGAAAUACAAAAUGUUCAACAUCCCAAAGAUAGUGAUAAGAUAGUGAUUACUGCGCUGCUACUGUGCCUGGGUGAAUUCUGUAUGGCAACACCAAUUGAUUUGCUUAUAUAUAGUGAUCCUAGUAAUGGUACACCACCGUUAAUCUAUGUGGUAUUGCGUAUUCUCCAUCAAAUUGCAACAGGUGCUCAUGCGGAUCGCAUAAAGCUGUUUACAGCCGACGAAGAUUUCGACAUGACGAUAACUGUUGAUGAUGUAAAAGCGCAACGAAUAUCGGAGGCAAGCUAUCAGACCACAGAAACCACACAAAAUUGCAUCGCCGCUAUACGAUUAUGUGCCAAGACCGUUGCCAUGCAUUUGGUGACAAAUAUUGGACACUUUCCAAUGGGCAUCGGAGCAUCGCGCCUCAGCUCAAUCGUUGACGAAAACGAUGAUAUGGUAGGAAUGCAAUUACCGGAAUCCACAACAGCAAGAGAUUCAAUGGAAUUGGGUGCGGCUCACGUAUUGAAUGCGUCGAAUUUACAAAUGUUUUUGCUAAAUCCUGGCAUAGUGGGUAGUUUCAUUGAAUUGCCAUCAUUGAAAUUACCGGGUGGAGGUGUGACAGCUGGACUGGUAACAGCGACUCGACAAGUGCGAGUUCUACUGCGUGAUAUAAAUGGAAAAGCGUGUUGGGAUGUAUCCAUUUUGUACAAGGAACCGUCAAUUAAUUUUAGUGAGGAAAAAUCAAAACCGACCGAACGGCAGCAUUUCUUCAGUGAGAAGUCGUCACUAACAUUCCAUUCGAAAACUUUCCAAACAGGACGAGGCUUUAGCAUUGGUGCAGCUUCGUUGGAUCCCAUGAUGUCAACUGUUGGCAUGCCAGCAAAUCCCUUGCGUCAUACCAUGAGACAUCGACCGCCUACACAGUUGCCGGUGGCAAAAGAUGUGGCACCCGAUUUGGACCAACUAGAUGACCUGCUUCAAUAUAUUGGUCAUACUUCUCCCGAAUGUCUAAGUGCAUCCGGUUCUCUAUUAUAUACUGCCGCUCCAACACCACUCGGUCCACAAUUAGAAGCUCAAACCAUUUCAAUAAUCUUAAAUCAACGUGCAAUAGAACAAGACUUUUUAACGCGACAACAUCAACAACAGCAACACACUGUGUCCCAAUCUAAUUCGUCACACAUAUCAUCGUUUAGUGACGGUGUGGACGUUAUAUCAAAUUCAUCUCGAUCGACUUGUAUGUCAAAGGUUGAUCUUCCAUUCCACUACUGUCGAUUGCUAUUCAGUCAACUCGGUUUGGCUGGAUGGGAACGCCGUAAGCGCACACAUUUGCUCAUUAGGACCGAAAAGCUUUUGCGCGAAUUACGAAAUUUGGAUAUGCAACGGUGUCGAGAAACGCAUAAAUUGGCUGUGAUAUAUGUGGCCAGUGGUCAAGAGGAUAAGAAUAGCAUUUUGAGAAAUUCGUGCGGAAGCAGCACCUACGAGAUGUUCGUGUCAGCGUUAGGUUGGGAAGUCGAACUUGAAUCUCACAACGGUUUUCUGGGUGGACUACCGAGACAGGGAUGUGGAUCAACAUCGCCGUACUAUUCAACGCCUUUUCUGGAGGUGAUUUACCAUGUAGCUACUCGCAUGCCAUGUGAUACACCAGAGGCAAUUUUGAAUAAGACUCGACAUCUUGGGAACGACGAAGUUUGGAUUGUGUGGAGUGAACAUCACCGAGACUACAGACGUGACGUUUUACCAACGGAAUUCUGUGAUGUUUUGAUAACUGUGUAUCCGUUGAAAAAUGGACUGUUCCGGGUGACCGUCAAUCGUAAACCGGACGUACCAUGGUUCGGACCACUUGCUGAUGAAUGCGUAAUCGGCGGGGCCUGUUUGGCUAGUUUGGUCCGUGCUACAGCAAUAAAUGCUAGCCGUGCAAAACGAACCAGCCUACCAUUUUACCAGCAAUUCUACGAAGAAAGAAAACGAUCGCUGGAAACGGUAGCAUCACGGCACAAGGACAGCAACACAUUUGAAGAUUUUACUGCUCGGAUUUUCAAUCCAAUUCAAUUACCCAAUACAAACAUAUCAACGUCAAAUUCCGUAGCCGCUGCGCUAAUCGAUCAUCAUCGUAGUUCGGUCAAAAGUUGGCAUCAAACCGAAAUGACAUCGUCACCCCGUGGAGACAACGCACAACAAACGAUUGCAAUGACAACAAUUGCUUUGGACCAUCCGUCUCCGCGUCCCCUAAGAAAACUGCAUCCGUUCAAAAGCGCGCCGAAAAAGCAUUCAAACACUCAGAGCACACCGCCAGACAGUCCAACAUUACCGGGACGGAAAUUCGAUAACCGACGAUAAAAGGAAAAUUUUGAGAUAGGCGUUACACUGCGUUAGGGGUUGGAGAUUUUGUUUGCAUUGUGAGUGACAAGUGUCUCUAAAGUGACUUUACUUUCCGCAGAGAUGGUUCUUCAUUUGUGUCGUUCCGAAUUUUGUAAAACUGUCUUUUAGGUCAUUUUCAAUCCAUUCAGUAAACGUGCACAGCACAACCUGUUUAAUGGGACAAUAUCGUGUACGGAAUGAAUUUUAAUGUUGUUCGUCUACCUAGUGAGUAUAUCUCUCAAAAUUGUGAUGCAGUGAUAAUCACUCGUAGAUUUGCCUUAUCUAUAAAUCGUGUGCAUAACGAAGACAAAUUAGCAAUAGGUAUAACAGUAUUGAAAAAAA